UUCUAAAGCUUGGAAAUGACACCGCUGAGCCACACCAUAGUAUUCCUGCUGUGGAUGGGCUGUACUACAUGUAAAGCUUCUGCAGGAGCAGCCUGUGAAGACCCACCUCUCGUUGACUUUGGAGAAAUUGUUAGUGGGUAUAAAUCAGGAUAUAAGGAAAGUGACACAGUGCAGUAUGUGUGCAACCCUGGAUACACUUUAUCAGGAUCAGAAUGGGUAACAUGCCAUGAAAAAAUCUGGCUACCUGGACCGCCACAAUGUUUGGCACCAUGUACAAUUAGAAAAGAGGAACUGGAAGCCCGAAACCUACUUCCCUCCAGUGGACAAAGACACACAUUUUUGAUUCAAAGUGGUCGGUGGCAGAAAUUUAUGUGCGUGACAGGAUUUAAACCCACAGGCUCUCCUAUCAGGCAGUGUUUUGAUGGGCGUAUCAAGCUUCCUUCAUGUAUCGCUGAUGUGACGUGUGAACCUCCUCCAGAAAUUGCUGGUGGCAAAGUUCAAGGUGUUAAAAAGUCAAGGUAUUUGCCUGGGGAGAGUGCUCGCUAUCAGUGCUGGCAAGGUUUUGAGAUGACCGGGACUGCCACCGUAGCGUGUCAGAACGGGACCUGGACAGAGCUGCCAAAGUGCAAAGGGAAAGGGGGGAAAUGUGGCCCGCCUCCAGUUAUUGAAAACGGAGACCUUCUUUCCUUCCCCAUGCAAGAAUAUCAGCAAGGUACAACUCUGGAAUACAAAUGCCCGAGUCUCUACGUCCUCGAAGGAUCUCAGUAUAUCACCUGUACUGACGGGCAGUGGACAAGCCCCCCAGUUUGCCUAGUGGCCUGUACCGCAUCUGAAGAAGACAUGGCCAGAAACAAUAUUGAGCUGAAAUGGCUCAUAGGAAGAAAGCUGUAUGCCAGAUCGGGUGACUUUAUUGAAUUCCGGUGUAAAAGAGGCUAUUUGGAGGACCCAGCAUCUUCCCCCUUCAGAGCACAGUGUGUGCAGGGGACGUUAGAAUAUCCAAGGUGCAAGCCGGGAAGUAAGUCAUCUCCACUUCGGCCGGGAAGGAACUGUACAGUGAAUGAGAGGACUAUGGAAGGGAACAAUAUUCAACUACAGUCGUCAAGCCGGUCGCGCACUUCCACCUAUCUCUCUGGGGAU